GUUUCGUCUCCAUGACAGUGAGGCCAGACAAGACAUCACCUCACCUCACAGCCGCCAUCCACCAGCCCACCAAGCAGCUCGUCGAGUUGCCAAGGGGCUCUCCACUAGCCUCUCAAGCUUGCCACGAGUUUCGGUUCGCAGAAUGAGGCGACGCCUUGGACCGGCCAAAGACCAUUCGUGAAGAUGUGGUCGUCGUCGGGGAGUGGCAAGAAGCCGGCACCUUCACCACAGGAGAUGGUCCAGGUCGAUCGAUCCGAGUACAAAACCCUCCCCGCCAUGAAUGCCCUCGGCCCCUCCGCUGACCGUCUACCAGUUCUGCCUCGCCGUUCUGGAGACCGACAGUGCGCGACAAUGCCCCUAAGAGGAGUGUGACCAGCCCGGCGGCUCGCGAUCCGAACCUCGUGGUCGGCGCAGCCUACUCCCACGCCGAUAUGCUCAAGUUCGACUCGCUAAGCCUCUCGCGCCCCAAAACACCACCCUCUUCGUCUUCGUCUAGGGUCCGCGUCCACGAAGCCUCCCCGCCCGCGCGCCAUUCGGGUCAGAGCUCCCCACCCUUCAAGAGCUACAUCAACUUCCUCUCCAAUACCAAUGAUGACUGGAAAGCCGACGAGGACGAGAUGUUGGGAUACGAUGACGAUGACGGCGACGACUUUGGGCUUCCCAGCCUGUCCAAUAUGAAGAGAAGAUCCCGGCGCAUAGCCAGUCAAACCACUCCGGACCCCAGCGCUCUCUCCCCUGCAAUGGAGGGUCCGUUUGGAUCGAAGAGCAGACGGCACUCCAACAGCGCCGACAUUGCGAUCGAGCGGCCAACCCCAGCCUAUCCCAUGCCGAAGAAGAGCGAGGGCAAAAUAUUACGACCGCAGUACAAGGAGAUAUUACGAGACCCGGCGAAUUCGCUACACCUAAUCAACUACCCCUCCGUUCCGUCCAACGCAUCGGCCAAGGAAGCAGACGCAAUAAACUCCCGAAUAACCCGAAUCAACAAGUUCAAGAAGCUGCUGCAGGCAUCGGCUAUCUCGCUCCCGGACCUUCGCUCGCUCGCGUGGUCAGGGGUGCCUGAGGAGGUCCGCGCAAUGACGUGGCAGCUGCUCCUCAGCUACCUCCCCACCAACAGCGAGAGGAGGGUCGCCACGCUGGAGAGGAAGCGCAAGGAAUACGUGGACGGAGUCCGGCAAGCGUUCGAAAGAGGCGGCACCAGCUCGGCGAGCCCCGGCCGCGCAAGAGGACUGGACGAGGCCAUCUGGCACCAGAUCAGCAUCGACGUACCCAGGACGAACCCCCACAUCGAGCUCUACAGCUACGAGGCGACGCAACGAUCCCUGGAGCGCAUCCUAUACGUCUGGGCGGUCCGGCACCCAGCAAGCGGAUACGUGCAGGGCAUAAACGACCUGGUGACGCCGUUCUGGCAGGUGUUCCUCGGCCUGUACAUUGCAGACAACAAUAUCGAGACGGGCAUGGACCCGGGUCAGCUGCCCAAGUCGGUCCUGGACGCGGUCGAGGCCGACUCCUUCUGGUGCUUGACCAAGCUGCUCGACGGCAUACAAGAUCACUACAUUGUGGCGCAGCCGGGGAUACAGCGGCAGGUAGGCGCGUUGCGCGACCUCACGGCGCGCAUCGACUCGACACUGUCGAAGCAUCUGGAGAAGGAGGGCGUCGAGUUUAUCCAGUUCAGCUUCCGUUGGAUGAACUGCCUGCUCAUGCGAGAGAUAAGCGUCAAGAACACCAUCCGCAUGUGGGACACGUACCUGGCCGAGGAGCAGGGCUUCUCCGAGUUCCACCUCUACGUGUGCGCCGCCCUGCUCGUAAAGUGGUCCGACAAACUCGUCAAGAUGGACUUUCAGGAGAUCAUGAUGUUCCUACAGAGCCUGCCCACCAAGGCCUGGACAGAAAAGGACAUUGAGCUGCUCCUCAGCGAGGCCUUCAUCUGGCAGAGCCUCUACAAGGGCUCCGCCGCGCACCUCCAGAGCGGCCAGCCCAGCAAGCCCCUGCUGACAAACCUGCAGCUGUAGAGUACCUAAAACUGCCUUUUUCAUUCCGCCGUCAAUGGUUCUACUACGAGGACAGCGCGCGGCAACAUGAGUCUACGCUAACAUUCAGCCUGCGACGCGAUGCGACGCGACGCGCAGGGAGCGGCUAGGGGACGGGAAACAGGCGGGGCGUGCACGCUUUGCGUGCGUGCGUGACGGAUUCUCCCCACUUGCGUUCCGUACCUGGUGGAUGGUGGUACUGAUGCCGCUGGUGCGCGUAGGUAGUCCUACGUAGAGGGCCGCACCGACGGGUAAACCGGUGAGGCGGCGGGCAGAGCGGCAGUGCUUAGGUAGGAGGAGAAUACGGAGUCUUGACAGAUGCAUGCAUGCGUACCUGUGUGCCAGGCAGGGUGGGUAAAGGGAGGUUAGAGGCACGGGGGCAGGGCAGGCUACACACACACACACACACACAUUUGAUGACGGUCCGGAUAGAUGAUGAUACAGCAAUUAUGAGCAUCCAUGAGUCUCCC